AUGUUACCAAAGGAUAGUCCUCCUACUGAAUACACGUACGUGAAAGGUGCUUUAAGCUUUUAUGUAGCCGAGCGUGCUGACUAUAAUAGAACCCGAGCAUGGCUUUCCAUAUUCGGCGCCUUCACAUGUGCAUUUUGCACGGUGGGCUUCAUGAACUCGUUUGGCAUCUUCCAAGAGUAUUACGCAAAGAAUCAGCUAUCCUCAAGCUCCACAUCUACCAUCGCAUGGAUUGGGGCUAUAUCAAUCUUCUUUCUGUUUGCCACAUCUGUCGGAGCGGGGGCAAUGCUUGAUAUUUUCGGACCAAAGCUUAUGGUAUAUGUUGGCUCAUUUGGGUGUGUUUUUGCCCUGAUGAUGACUUCACUAUGCGAGGAGUUUUAUCAAUUCCUACUUACCCAGGGUAUCUUGUUUGGUAUUUCCAUGGGUCUGGCGACAUGGCCAAUGCUCGCAUUGGUUGGACAAUACAUCAAAGCGAAGCGUGCUGCGGCGAUGGGAAUUGUUCUUGCGGGUUCCUCGCUCGGCGGCAUUAUCUGGCCCAUUGCAAUCAACAGAUUGGUUAAAAAUCCCAAUCUUGGAUUUUCCUGGACAAUGCGAAUUGUUGGCUUUAUCAUGAUUCCAUGCUUUACCUUCUCUUGUGCAGUUGCCAAAUCUCCGGACACACCUAAGACGAGUGUGGAGAGUCACCAUACAAGCCAACAACGUCACGAAUAUAUCUCUGGACAAAAGGACAUACCGCCGAGUCACAAGGCAGAGGCUCUGGCCCUUGUGCGAAAGCCAUCCUUGCAGCUACUGUGCCUUGCAAUGUUCAUCAUAUACUUUGGCAUGUUCUCGCCGUUCUUCUACACGACUUCCUACGCAGUCGAGAAAGGAUUUUCGACAUCUCUAGCAUUCUAUACGGUGUCCAUUGUGAAUGGCGCAUCUUUCCCUGGGCGAGUUCUCCCUGGCAUCAUUGCUGAUAAGUACGGAAAAUUCAACUGUUGCAUCAUCGCCACUAUAUCCGCAGGGAUAAUUGCAUUGUGCUGGACCAAGGUGACAUCUGUGGCCGGACUGGUAAUUUGGUGCGCUGCAUACGGCUUUGCGUCUGGAGGCAUUCUAUCCCUCCAGCAAGCUUGUGCAGCUCAAAUUUCUACUUCUACCACUCUUGGCUUAGCCAUCGGAACUGUGUCAGGUUCCACAGCUCUAUCGUAUGACCGCCAUUUCUCGAAAAGAUAA